CUUCUCCUGGGACUUAUUUUAGAGGUCUGUGACUUCUGGGAUUUUGGAGGUCAGUGACUUCUUCUGGGGCUUUGGAUUCCAUGACACCUCGUGGGAUUUUGGGAGCCUGGGAUUUCCCCUGGGGUUUUUGAAGUGUGGGAUUUUGGAGAUGUGGGAUUUUGGAGUUCUGUAAUUUAUCCUGGGCAAGGGGGGUGGUACCUGCGCGCUAUUCUCAGCGCAGAGGGAGCCCGGGCAGUCCCGCAUCCCUCCCGCCACCGCAUCGCUCCGCACUCUCCCGGUCUCCCAGCGCUGGGGGGGACCCGGGGGAAGCGGAGCAGGGAGAGGCGGGGGCCGGGGCACGGAGCGGUGCCGAGCCGCGCCGCACGGGGAGGCGCCGGCCCGCGGUCCCCGCCCCUCGCCGCCGCCUCCCGCCCGGCGCCGGGAGCGGGCGCGGGGCUCCAAGAUGGCUUUGGCCGGGCUGUGCUCGCUGCUGGCCGGCUGCUGCCUGGCCGCGGGCAGCGGCCCCGCCGAGGCGGCGGCGGAGGCGGCGGCCAAGGAGCUGGAGUGCAAGCUGAAGAGCAUCACGGUGUCGGCGCUGCCCUUCCUGCGGGAGAACGACCUCAGCAUCAUGCACGGCCCCUCGGCCGCCGAGCCCAAGCUGCUCUUCUCGGUCCGCAACGAUUUCCCCGGCGAGAUGGUGGUGGUGGAUGACCUGGAGAACACGGAGCUGCCCUACUUCGUGCUGGAGAUCUCGGGCAACACGGACGACAUCCCGCUGGUGCGCUGGCGGCAGCAGUGGCUGGAGAACGGCACCCUGCUCUUCCACAUCCACCACCAGGACGGGGCCCCCAACCUGCCCGGCUUCGACCCCACGGAGGAGCCCCAGACUGAGUCGGCAGAGGAGGAGCUGAGGAUCCUCCACAUCUCUGUCAUGGGAGGGAUGAUCGCCCUGCUGCUCUCCAUCCUGUGCCUGGUGAUGAUCCUCUACACGCGCCGGCGCUGGUGCAAGCGGCGCCGCGUGCCGCAGCCCCAGAAGAGCGCCAGCGCCGAGGCUGCCAACGAGAUCCACUACAUCCCGUCGGUGCUGAUCGGGGGCCACGGGCGGGAGAGCCUGCGCAACGCCCGCGUGCAGGGCCACAACUCCAGCGGCACGCUCAGCAUCCGCGAGACGCCCAUCCUGGACGGCUACGAGUACGACAUCACCGACCUGCGGCACCACCUGCAGCGCGAGUGCAUGAACGGCGGCGAGGACUUCGCCAGCCAGGUCACCCGCACCCUGGACUCGCUGCAGGGCUGCAACGAGAAGGCCAGCAUGGACCUCACACCAGGGAGCGAUAACGCCAAGCUGUCCCUGAUGAACAAGUACAAGGACAACAUCAUUGCCACCAGCCCCGUGGACUCGAACCACCAGCAGGCCACGCUGCUGUCCCACACCUCCAGCAGCCAGCGCAAGCGCAUCAACAACAAAGCGCGAGCUGGCUCAGCAUUCCUCAACCCCGAGGGGGACUCAGGGACGGAGGCAGACACCGAUCCCCAGCUGACCUUCUACACGGACCCCUCACGGAGCCGGAGGCGCAGCCGAGUGGGGUCUCCCCGCAGCCCUGUGAACAAGACCACGCUGACGCUCAUCAGUGUGACGAGCUGUGUCAUCAGCCUGGUGUGCUCUUCCCACAUGAACUGCCCCCUGGUCGUCAAGAUCACCCUCCACGUCCCUGAGCACCUGAUUGCUGACGGAAGCCGGUUCAUCCUGCUGGAGGGGAGCCAGCUGGAUGCCAGCGACUGGCUGAACCCAGCACAGGUCGUCCUCUUCUCCCAGCAAAACUCCAGUGGGCCCUGGGCCCUGGACCUCUGCGCCCGGCGCCUCCUGGACCCCUGUGAGCACCAGUGUGACCCCGAGACUGGGGAAUGUCUCUGCUAUGAAGGUUACAUGAAGGACCCUGUGCACAAGCACCUCUGCAUCCGCAACGAGUGGGGAACGAACCAGGGGCCUUGGCCAUACACCAUCUUCCAGCGUGGCUUUGACUUGGUGCUGGGCGAGCAGCCCUCUGACAAGAUUUUUCGGUUCACCUACACCUUGGGGGAGGGCAUGUGGCUGCCCCUGAGCAAGAGCUUCGUCAUCCCACCGGCCGAGCUGGCCAUCAACCCCUCAGCCAAGUGCAAGACUGACAUGACGGUGAUGGAGGAUGCAGUGGAGGUCAGGGAAGAGCUGAUGACCUCCUCCUCCUUCGACAGCCUGGAGGUCCUCCUGGACUCCUUCGGCCCCGUUCGUGACUGCUCCCGGGACAACGGGGGCUGCAGCAAGAACUUCCGCUGCAUCUCGGACCGCAAGCUGGACUCCACGGGCUGCGUGUGCCCGGCGGGCCUGAGCCCCAUGAAGGACGGCACGGGCUGCUAUGACCGCCACGUCGGCGUGGACUGCUCCGACGGCUUCAACGGGGGCUGCGAGCAGCUGUGCCUGCAGCAGAUGGUGCCCCUGCCCGAGGACCCCCUGCUCUACAACAUCCUCAUGUUCUGUGGGUGCAUCGAGGACUACAAGCUGGGCGCGGAUGGGCGCUCGUGCCAGCUGAUCUCGGAGUCGUGCCCCGAGGCGGGGGACUGCGGCGAGCCCCGCGAGCUGCCCAUGAACCAGACGCUCUUCGGGGAGAUCUUCUACGGCUACAACAACCACUCCAAGGAGGUGGCACCCGGGCAGGUGCUCAAGGGGACCUUCAGGCAGAACAACUUUGCCCGGGGCCUGGAGCAGCAGCUGCCGGAUGGGCUGGUGGUGGCCACAGUGCCCUUGGAGAACCAGUGCCAAGAGGAGCUCUCUGACCCCACGCCCGACCCUGAGUUCCUCACUGGGAUGGUGAACUUCAGCGAGGUGUCUGGGUACCCCCUCCUGCAGCACUGGAAGGUGCAAUCUGUCAUGUACCAUGUCCGGCUCAACCAGAUGACCAUCUCCCAGUCCUUCAGCAAUGCACUCCACUCUCUGGACGGAGCCACCUCCCGUGGAGAUUUUGUGGCGCUGCUGGACCAGUUUGGCAACCACUACAUCCAAGAGGCAGUGUACGGCUUUGAGGAGUCCUGCUCCAUCUGGUAUCCCAACAGGCAGGUCCAGAGGCAGCUCUGGCUGGAGUAUGAGGACAUCAGCAAAGGCAACUCCCCCUCGGACGAGUCAGAGGAGCGGGAGCGGGACCCGAAGGUGCUGACGUUCCCCGAGUACAUCGCCAGCCUGUCCGAGUCUGGCAGCCGGCGCGUGGCCGCGGGCGUGCGGAUGGAGUGCCAGAGCCGCGGGCGCUGCCCCUCGUCCUGCCCGCUCUGCCACGCCGCCGCCGGCCCCGACCUGCCCGCAGAGCCCGUCCUGCUGGAGGUCACCAAGGCAGCGCCCCUCUACGAGCUGGUCACCAACAACCAGACCCAGCGGCUCCUGCAGGAGGCCACCAUGAGCUUGCUGUGGUGCUCGGGCAGUGGGGAUGUCAUCGAGGACUGGUGCCGCUGUGACUCGAGUGCCUUCGGGGCUGACGGGCUGCCCACCUGUGCGCCUCUCCCACACCCCGUCCUGCGUCUCUCCACUGUCCAUGAGCCCAGCAGCACACUGGUGGUGCUGGAGUGGGACCACUCGGAGCCCCCCAUUGGGGUGCAGAUCGUGGACUACCUCCUGCGUCAGGAGAAGGUCACCGACAGAAUGGACCACUCCAAGGUGGAGACAGAGACGGUGCUGAGCUUCGUGGAUGACAUCAUCUCUGGUGCCAAGUCCCCCUGUGCCAUGCCAGCCCAAGUGCCUGACAGACUCUCCUCCACCAUCUCCCUCAUCAUCCGCUGCUUGGAGCCCGACACCACCUACAUGUUCACGCUCUGGGGAGUCGACAACACAGGGAGACGUUCCAGGUCAAGUGAUGUGACGGUCAAGACGCCCUGCCCUGUGGUAGAUGAUGUGAAAGCUCAAGAAAUAGCAGACAAGAUCUACAACCUCUUCAACGGCUACACGAGCGGCAAGGAGCAGCAGACAGCCUACAACACUCUGCUGGACCUGGGCUCCCCCAGCCUCCACCGAGUCCUUUACCACUACAACCAGCACUACGAGAGCUUUGGGGAGUUCACCUGGCGCUGUGAAGAUGAGCUGGGGCCCAGGUAG